AUGAUGCGACCACCGAUUAUUCUUCUUAAAGAAGGCACUGAAAAUAAGCAAGGGAAGCAACAAAUCAUUUCCAACAUCAAUGCUUGUCAGGUCGUAGCCGACAGUAUUCGUACCACACUGGGCCCUAGAGGAUUGGACAAGUUGAUUGUAGACAGCAAAGGUCAAACUACGAUCUCCAAUGAUGGUGCAACAAUAUUGAAAUUGCUGGAUAUUGUUUUUCCUGCUGCAAAUGUAAUGGUAGACAUUGCUAAGUCUCAAGAUGCUGAAGUAGGCGAUGGCACUACAUCAGUUGUGGUGCUAGCUGCAGAAAUUCUCAAACGAAUGAAGCCUUUUAUCGAGGAUGGAGUUCAUCCGCAAUUACUUAUUCGUGCAAUAACCAAAGCAAGUGAAGAGGCUUUGAAUCACCUUGAGCAGUUAGCCAUAAAAAUUGAAGGUGAAAAGGAAUUAAGGGAAAUGUUGGUCAAGUGUGCAAUGACUACACUCAGUAGCAAACUUGUAAGCCAAGAGCGUGAGUUUUUUGCUGAGAUGGUUGUUGACGCUGUGAACAUUCUUGACGAGUCCCUACCGCUCAACAUGAUUGGAAUCAAGAAAGUUAAUGGAGGAAAUUUGAGUGAGUCACGCCUGGUCAAGGGUGUCGCUUUUCAAAAGGCUUUCAGCUAUGCUGGAUUCGAGAUGCAGCCAAAACAUUACAAGGAUCCACUUAUUGCUUUACUUAAUAUCGAAUUGGAGUUGAAAGCUGAAAAGGACAACGCCGAAAUGCGUCUCACAACGGUCGAGGACUUCCAGGCGGUUGUUGAUGCAGAAUGGAACAUUUUGUAUUCAAAGCUGCAGAAAAUCCACGAAAGUGGUGCAAAGAUAGUGCUAUCAAAACUCCCGAUUGGAGAUGUAGCGACGCAGUGGUUUGCAGACAGGGAUAUGUUUUGUGCGGGGCGCAUACCUCAGGAAGACUUGGACCGUGUUAUGGCUGCGUGUGGCGGAUCAAUAUUGACUACAGUGUCUCAAAUCGACCAAUCGGUACUCGGAAAAUGUACCACGUUCUAUGAGCAACAAGUAGGGAGCGAACGGUACAACUUCUUUGAAGGUUGUUCAAAGGCUCGUGCAUGCACUUUGCUUCUUCGUGGUGGUGCUGAACAGUUUAUUGCCGAAACGGAACGAUCCCUACAUGAUGCCAUUAUGAUUGUUCGCCGUGCCAAGAAAAACGAUUCUGUUGUAGCAGGUGGUGGAGCUAUUGAAAUGGAGCUAUCGCGUCACUUACGUGCUAAAGCGAAGACAAUCCCUGGAAAGGAACAGUUCUUCUGGAGUGCUUACGCCCGCAGUUUCGAAAUCAUUCCGCAACAGCUCUGCUACAAUGCCGGAAUUGAUGCCAUCGAUAUUCUGAACAAGCUGCGACACAGACAUUCGCUAGGAGAAGUUUGGGCCGGAGUUGAUAUCCAUAAAGAAGAAGUCGGUGACAAUCUUGCGGCUUGUAUUUGGGAGCCGAGCAUAGUCAAAAAGAAUGCCAUCAUCGCGGCCACGGAGGCUGUAUGUCUUGUAUUGUCGAUAGAUCAAACUGUGAAGAACGUGCGAACUCCAUCAGGAGGACAAAUGCCUGGGUUACCGGGAAUGCAGGGCUAA